UCAUCCGCCCACCGCCGCCGCGCAUUUUCCGCGCAUCAAAAAGUAGAAUAAUUAUUUAAACGAAUGUCGUCGUGUAUGUGUACGAUAUUAUCGUCAUUAUUUUACAAACUCCGAAUAUGAACAUUUUGGACGGUUAAUUUCCAUAAUCUUAAUGUAAUAUUGAAUCUAUUAGAAAAUCAACAAGUGUUGUGUACUGUGAAUACUCUGUGUUGCAUAAAAGAAUAUUUUUUUAAAUUAAAACAUCUUCAGAAUGUGGGAUAAAAUUAUAUACAUGUUUGUAAUUAUGCUAGUAACCUACAUUUUCAAACAACUGUUUUCCGAGACCCCUAAUUUUGUCAAGUUCAAGUCAAAAUUUCUGAUUUUUUAUAUAUGGACAUCAAUAACUGCAGUGAUUUUGUUGCCGUUCUUUGUGUUCAACCCAAAAAACGUGAAGAACUCUUUAUUCGGAUCUCAAAUUUUGAAACAUGUCACCAAAAUAAUAGAAGUAAAAUGGCACUUAAGAAAUGGAAGAAUAUUGGCUGAAGACAGAGGUGCUGUUGUGGUAUCUAAUCAUCAGUCUUCAAUUGACAUACUAGGAAUGUUCAAUAUCUGGCAUGUGGCAGAUAAAAUUGCAGCUAUCGCAAGGAAAGAAAUAUUCUAUGUAUGGCCAUUUGGACUGGCUGCAUAUCUAGCAGGAGUUGUUUUUAUAGACAGAAAUAACUCUAAAGAUGCUUACAAACAGUUAAAAAUUACUUCAGAAAUCAUGGUGAAAAACAAGACAAAAAUAUGGCUUUUCCCUGAGGGAACAAGGAAUAAGGACUUCACUAAACUACUACCAUUCAAAAAAGGAGCAUUUAAUAUAGCAGUUGCAGCUCAAGUGCCAAUCAUACCAGUGGUAUUCUCUCCUUACUACUUCAUAAAUAGGAAGAAGUACAUUUUCAACCCAGGUCAUGCUAUCAUCCAAUGCUUGGAGCCAAUUCCUACUAAGGGGUUGACCAUGGAAGAUGUACCAGAGCUCAUAGAGCGCGUACGUAACAUUAUGGAUGCUGUAUACAAGGAGCUCUCAAAAGAGGUCCUUAGCGCUUUACCACCAAACUAUCCUCUGGCCACAGUGGAUUAAAUUAAUAGUAUGGGCCAAGAGGGUCAUGCCCCGGGGCGGCAGGCUGGGAGUGACGACUGCAAGCGCUGCGAAGGGCGACAAAAGGCAUUCGUUACUAUAUUUUCAUUUGAUUUCUACUUGAGUGGCGGGGUGGCAAAUCGUUGGCCCGGGGCGCUAGAUUUCCAAAUACGCCCCUGGACUCAAAACUGCUGUUCGCCAGUCAUCUUUUACUUAAUAAAAACUACCCGAUUUGAUAUUUAAAAAAGUUUGCUUUUGUAGCUAUCAGAAUUAAAAAACAGAAAAUUGCAAACUUUUUUUCUUUGAGCUGUAUUCAACAAGAAAAAUAAACAUUUAUUUAUUUAUUGUAAUCGCUUUUAUUUACAAUUAAACCAAGUCUUAAAACGAAAAUAAAAAAAUAUUGAUUCAAUUUCAAAAAUUGUUAUUUUUAGCAUUUCUUAUAAUUUUUAGUCUGAAAAUUCAGGGAAAAAUGUCUUCAGAAUUUGACGUAGGUAAAGCCUUAAUAAACUGUUUCAGUAAACCAAUCUGUUAUGCAACGGAGACAUUAAAAUAAGCAUAAGGCCCAUAACGAAGGCGAAUAUAUCAUUCUUAAUAUUAUAUUUGAUUUUCUGACACUCUGAAUGUGUUGCUGGCAGUGAAGUAAACAAAAAUAAAAUGGAAUUUUUUUAUAUCCUCAUGUGACGCCCAUAUUUUAUCCUGACUUCGAAUAGGAAGUUAAAAUUAAGCUUCAUAUGUUCAAUGAAGGCUUUGACUACUGGAUAAACUAACUUUGUUGUCCCUAAAUUUAAAACAAAGUCCAUGUAGUUAUUACUCGUUUUGCAAGGCCUUAUACCGCUCAAGACUCAUAAAAUAUUUAUCAUUGUAUAAAGUACAAAAGCAAAGUUUUUAACAUAAAAAAUGGGGUUUCUGGUUACUUUUCUAUGUAAACAAUCUGACAAUGAAGUCAUUAAAUAACACUUUUUUUUUUUUCAUUUUUUAUCUAUUUGAAUAAGAUACACAAAAUUAAAUUUUCUUUAUAUAAUAUUUGUAAAUGUAAUACCAUAAUGCUGUGCAAUCAGUUACUGAAAUUAGGAUUAUGUAUAUUAUUAUUAUAUUAUUAAAAAUAAUUUCAUUAGUUACUUUAUGAUACCUACUACGCAUGGAGUAUUGCACCCUCAAACACAAAAUCAACUUAAAAAUUAUUUAUAUAGUUGUAUCAAAUGUUGUAGUAGGUAUUUAAAAGGCGGAUAGCAUUAUUGUCGUCAAUGAUGUCGAUUUUGGCGUGAUUCUCUAAACUUAAAACUAAAUUUAACAUCAGUCCUUUUCAUUCUGUAUAGAGAAUGACAAGGAUACACUGUUGUCAAAUUUAAAUUUAGGUUCAGAGAACCAUGUCAGAAUCGACACCAAUAUGAUAUUAAGAAAACUUGACCAGGAAAUAAAAAUGUUAUAAGUAUUACUUUUAUACAGAACUGCAAUAAGUUGGUUAUACAAUACAUGGUUUCCCCUUAUUUACUAUAUGGCUUGUAGAAAGUGAUUUUAAGCGAUUUGCAUUUGGCAUGUACUACUAAGAACAGGUCAAGUUAUCUUAAAGUCUCUAUUGGUAGAGCUUUAUCGUGUCUUAUAUUUGAAAUAAGAUUCCCAAUUGAAUGACAAAAAAAAGUACACAAAAUUCCCAAAAUAGCCUUCAUUUAUGAGAUAUCUCAAGUAAAUUUUAUGAAUCUUCAUUUAGUUUCCAUUUCAUAUAAUCUUAUCUUACGAAGCAUCUAUAUGUGAUACGUUCAUAUCUAUUAUGUCAAUAGUCUUAUGUUAAGCGUUAACUCUGCAGUUUAAAUUCAAACAUCUUGUUUGUUUGUUUUUUUAAUAGAUUUCGCUUUUACGCCGUUUUAUAUUCAAAAUAGUCUUGCGUAUUAUACGUACCUAUGGUGUUUGCAACUUUCAAUAUCGUACGGUGUCAAAUCACUCACACACUACUCAGCCGCAAUGAUAUAAAUACGUUGAUGCGUGUUGCAUUUAAUAUGACUGACCAUGCGUUACGCAUUCUACAUACCCUCGAAGUCUUUGGUAUCAUAAAAUCAACUAUAUAAGCGAAAACGUUUUGCUUUUAAUAAAAAGAACAAGAUUUGUUUAGACAUUGUUUGCGUCUGUUUAUACAAUAACAAAAUUUAUUUGAAGGGCUUUCGCACUGCAUUCGAGUCUAAUACAAACUUACCAAGAAGAUGUCGCUAAGGGUGGGCCCCUUCCGGCGAAAUUGCUUAUAAAAGUAAGUACCAUAAUGCAACUGAUUUUAUAAAUAUUUUUAGGGAGGUCAAUGACUAGGCGGUUGGUUAAUUACAUGCAACGCGUAUCAACAAAUUAAACCUGCUAACAUAAGCUGUGAAAUUAUAAUAUCUACUUACAUAUACACAACAAAAAGCUAUGAAAAUAGUAAUUAAUACUUACAUGCAUUUUUAUUGUCAUCUUACAAUAUAGGCCCACGGAGUGGGUAGAAAAGUUUGGUAGGGUCAAUCAAAAUGUUUGGCAAUGUCAAAAAAUAUAUUUAUAACAAAUCGAGAGCGAUAUAGACAAAAGAAGAUCUGUUUUUUCUGAAGCGCGUGGAUUCUCAUACAUUAUACUUAUGGCUGAUGAAUAGUCUUUACAAUCGCAAGAAACUUUUUAUCUAUUCCGUGGGUAUUACAGUGGUCGUCGUCGUAUGUGAAAUUUUUAUGUAUCAUUAUAACGUAUAUUUAAAAUUCUUUUAUCCAGCAAAGUGUAUACAAUGGUCCGAGCAUUGUGAUUAAAUAAUGGCAAAUAUUUAACUUGUGUUUAGUUCGUUAAUUUGAGACAUUGGCAUUGAAAUAUGUACUAUUUUUCCAUAUUUUCAUAUGUGAAGUCUUUUAAUAAAAAGUAAGACAGGAUGAAUGUUUUUCAUUUGAAAAAAAACGACGUUGAUUUAAAUAAACUUCGUAUAUUGUAAGUAAUAUUUACAAGUAACACGUUAAUAUUAUAACGAUACUACAUUUUGUAUGUUUAUCACAGCUCAUUAUGGUUUAGGUCCUUAUUUGAAUUACCUUAAAAUAAUAGAAUCUCUUAAAAACGAAUUAAAUAUGCAAACAAUGACAUUACACAAUUUCAAACUUAAUAGUUUGGUAGUUCUUGUCUUAAAUCACUAUGGGAAGGCACAUAAGAAACGAAAGACUACAACUCGAACAUUUGCCUUCUUUGGAAACGUUUAAUCUAAAAUAGCAAAAUAACCAACCCGCGUAAAGUUACUUUUGUAAACAAAUAUUAGCAGUGUUACAAUUUGGCGCCCAACGUCCACCAAAAUAAUAUUUCCCGGAAACAGUAUGAAAUCAUCGGAUAGGACUCGUACCUCAUUCGUCUUUUGCAGAUUUUACGCGACAAGCCUUCGUCUCUGCAGAAGUCCUCGUGAAUUCUUCUUGCAUGCUCAUCUGUACCUUUUCAAUGAGUGAUGCAAUGUCAUCUUUGUCCAGCCCCUCAGUCUCUACGAUGGGCAUAAUCGUUAUUAUGAAUUCAC